GGCAGCGGCUGUGGCGGAGUGACGCAGGGCUCGGCAACGAUGAUCGAAGUCGUCUGCAACGACCGUUUGGGUAAGAAAGUGCGGGUAAAAUGCAACACCGAGGACUCCAUCCGCGACCUGAAGAAGCUGAUCGCGGCGCAGACCGGGACCCGCUGGGACAAAAUCGUGCUCAAGAAGUGGUACACCAUCUUCAAGGAUCACGUCACGCUGGGCGACUAUGAGAUCCACGAUGGCAUGAACCUGGAGCUCUACUACCAGUAGCGGCUGCCCUCCCCUCCCGGUCCCCCCCCCCCCCCGCCGGUGCUCUCUUCUCCGCGGGACACCCCCCGCAAUCCCCGUUUCCCCGCCCCUCCCCGGUAUGGCCGGGCUGGAGCCAUGUUGAGGCUCUAAACCUGCUGUAGCUGCCCUGAAGUGUUUAAGUGGUUUAUAAUAAACGUGUCUCUCGAGUC